AUGUCAACUGAGCCUGUGGUCUACCAACUUCGACGACCCUCAUCGGAUAAGUCAUGGGGGUUUGUGCUCCAGGGCGGCGCUGAUCAGGGACUCCCUGUUUUUGUGCACAAGAUAACGCGCAAUGGCAUUGCUCACCGAGCUGGACUCGAGCCUGGGGACGUGAUUGUGAAGAUUUGCAAAACCCCACUUUCAGGCAUGUCGCAUAGCCAAGUGAAGGCUGAACUUCUUCGCGCUGGAAGUGAUCUUGAUUUUACCGUUCUCAAACGGGCUUUUAACGUGACGAAUUACAAUAUGAGCAUGAAAAUGAUGGCAGCGGAACAGGCUUCCCCAACUCUGUCUCCAGGCGCCCCCGAGGAGCGAUCCGAAAUUGUCGAGGAGCAUCUCUGGCGCCAUGGAGGGCCCACUUUUAAGAAUGUCCAACCAAAGUCCUACAAGAUUCUCGAACAACAACUUCCACAGUCGGAAAUGGGAGGGACCGGACCAGGGUCGGUAUUUGAGCGGUCCGUAGAUGAGAGGUCACCCUACCUGAAGGCUACGGAGCAGACGAUCCAGAAGGCCUACGGGGAAUCUUGA